AUGGAGAGUUAUUUGAAUCAAAAUUUCCAUGCAGUUAAGUCGAAACAUUCUUCCGACGAGGUGUUACAGAAAUGGAGGGGUCUGUGUCACGUUGUUAAGAACCCUAAGCGGCGGUUUCGUUUCACCGCCAACCUCUCCAAGCGCAAUGAAGCUGCUGCUAUGCGGCGUACCAAUCAGGAGAAGUUGAGGAUUGCGGUUUUGGUGUCAAAGGCUGCAUUUCAGUUUAUACAAGGCAAGUUUGUAAUGCUGCUAUAUUCAAAUUUCUCUGAUUCCUCCAUUCUAUGGCCGAUCUACUUUUAUGACAUUAUGUAUGCAGGAGCACAUACGGGCGACUACAAGGUUCCUGAGGAAGUCAAAGCUGCUGGUUUUGACAUCUGUGCUGAUGAGGCCGGCUCUCUUGUUGAAGGUCAUGACCUUAAAAAGCUUAAAUUUCAUGGUGGAGUGGAGGGUCUUGCUGAGAAGCUAAAGACAUCAAUCACCAAUGGGCUUUCUAUUGAUAAUGAAGGGCUAGUCCGCAGACAAGAAGUGUUUGGAAUCAACAAGUUUGCUGAAAGUCCACAGCGGAGCUUCUGGGUGUUUGUAUGGGAAGCCCUUCAUGAUAUGACCCUUAUGAUCCUUGCAAUGUGUGCCUUUGUCUCUUUGAUUGUUGGGAUAGCAACAGAAGGAUGGCCAAAAGGAGCUCAUGAUGGUCUAGGGAUUGUUGCAAGUAUCCUGCUCGUAGUGUUCGUAACAGCAACAAGUGAUUAUAAACAAUCUCUACAGUUCCGGGAUCUGGACAAAGAGAAGAAGAAGAUAGCUAUUCAAGUUACGAGGAGCGGGUACAGACAAAAGUUGUCAAUAUAUGAGCUACUUCCUGGUGAUAUUGUACAUCUUGCAAUAGGAGAUCAAGUCCCUGCAGAUGGUCUUUUCCUUUCAGGUUUUGCAGUCUCUAUUGAUGAAUCUAGUUUGACAGGAGAGAGUGAACCAGUUAUGGUCAGUGCUGAAAAUCCUUGGUUGAUGUCUGGAACUAAGGUCCAAGAUGGCUCAUGCAAGAUGUUAGUUACAACAGUGGGGAUGAGAACUCAAUGGGGAAAACUAAUGGCGACUCUUAGUGAAGGGGGAGAUGAUGAAACACCACUGCAGGUUAAGCUAAACGGAGUGGCAACUGUCAUUGGAAAGAUUGGUCUUUUCUUUGCCGUGGUGACUUUUGCAGUUCUAGUGCAAAAAUUAUUCUCUCGUAAGAUCUUAGUAGGAACACAAUGGAGCUGGGCUGCUGAUGAUGCUUUAGAAUUGUUGGAAUACUUUGCUAUUGCAGUUACCAUUGUUGUUGUGGCGGUUCCAGAAGGGCUGCCACUUGCUGUCACACUGAGCCUUGCAUUCGCAAUGCAAAAAAUGAUGAAUGAUAAGGCACUUGUUCGCCAUCUUGCGGCCUGCGAAACUAUGGGGUCAGCAACAAGUAUAUGUAGUGAUAAAACUGGCACAUUAACGACCAAUCGCAUGACGGUCGUCAAAUCAUGCAUAUGUAUGAAUGCCAAAGAAGUAAGCAAACAAGGAACAUCUGAUAUCCCAGAAAAAGCAUUAAAAAUGCUUCUACAAUCAAUAUUCAAUAAUACAGGUGGAGAAGUUGUGAAAAACAAAGAAGGGAAACAAGAGAUACUAGGAACACCAACAGAGGCGGCAAUAUUAGAUUUUGGGUUGUUGCUUGGCGGUGACUUCCAAGCCGAGCGUGAGGCAUCCCAGAUUCUCAGAGUUGAACCAUUCAACUCUUCAAAAAAGCGGAUGGGGGUGGUGUUGAAGUUUCCGGGAGGAGGUGUAAGAGCUCAUUGUAAAGGCGCUUCAGAGAUCAUCUUGGCUGCUUGUGACAAGGUGAUGAAUGCAAAUGGAGAAGUUGCUUCUCUUCAAGAGGGAUCCUUAAACCAAUUAAAGAAUACAAUUGACCAAUUUGCUGGUGAAGCUCUUCGAACUCUUUGUCUUGCCUAUAUAGACCUGGAAGGUGGUGUGUCUGCCGAAACUCCCAUUCCAUCUUCUGGGUAUACUUGUAUAGGAAUUGUGGGUAUCAAAGAUCCUGUUCGCCCAGGUGUGAAGGAGUCGGUUGCUCUUUGCCGAUCAGCUGGUAUAACCGUUCGUAUGGUUACAGGAGACAACAUAAAUACGGCCAAGGCCAUAGCUAAAGAAUGUGGAAUCCUUAGAGAUGGCGGAAUAGCAAUUGAAGGUCCAGAUUUCCGCGAGAAGAGUCUGGAGGAAUUGAAUAAUCUGGUUCCCAAGAUUCAGGUGAUGGCUCGAUCUUCACCUUUAGAUAAGCAUACACUGGUGAAACACUUGCGUACCACAUUCGGGGAGGUUGUGGCAGUUACGGGUGAUGGAACAAAUGAUGCCCCAGCACUUCAUGAAGCAGAUAUUGGGCUUGCAAUGGGCAUUGCUGGAACUGAGGUGGCCAAAGAGAGCGCAGAUGUCAUAAUUCUGGACGACAAUUUCUCCACCAUUGUGACCGUUGCCAAAUGGGGACGAUCGGUGUAUGUAAACAUUCAAAAAUUUGUGCAGUUUCAGCUGACUGUCAACAUUGUUGCUUUGAUGGUGAACUUCACCUCAGCUUGUUUGACAGGAAGCACUCCCCUCACGGCUGUUCAACUCUUGUGGGUGAACAUGAUCAUGGAUACAUUGGGAGCACUGGCACUAGCUACCGAGCCUCCAAAUGAUGCACUAAUGAAGAGGGCUCCAGUCGGAAGGCAAGGGAAUUUCAUCAGCAACGUUAUGUGGAGGAACAUAUUUGGGCAGUCUCUUUACCAAUUCGUAGUGAUAUGGUUACUACAGUCAAAAGGGAAAUCAUUUUACGGCCUCUAUGGAUAUAAUUCUGAUCUCAUCCUCAACACACUAAUAUUCAACUCAUUUGUCUUCUGUCAGCUUUUCAAUGAAGUUAACUCGAGAGAAAUGGAAAAAGUGAAUGUGCUAUGUGGCAUAUGCAGCAACCAUGUGUUCCUGAGCGUUCUCGGUGCAACCGUCAUCUUCCAAAUCAUAAUAAUCGAAUUUCUGGGUACCUUUGCAAAUACAACACCACUAACAAUGAUGCAAUGGUACUACAGCGUUUUGACCGGGUUUUUGAGCAUGCCGAUUGCGGUGAUAUUGAAGAUGAUCCCUGUUUGA